AUGGGGAAGAGCAUAUUGAUUGGUUCAGCCCAGUCAGGCCUCGACCCGUCGCCUCGACCCGACGCCUCGACCCGACGCCUCGACCCGACGCCUCGACCCGACGCUUCGACCCGACGCCUCAACCCGUCGCCUCGACCCGACGCCUCGACCCGACGCCUCAACCCGACGCCUCGACCCGACGCCUCAACCCGACGCCUCGACCCGACGCUUCAACCCGACGCCUCAACCCGACGCUUCGACCCGACGCCUCGACCCGACGCCUCGACCCGACGCCUCGACCCGACGCCUCGACCCGACGCCUCCACCCGACGCCUCAACCCGACGCCUCAACCCGACGCCUCGACCCAACGCCUCGACCCGUCGCCUCGACCCGACGCUUCGACCCGACGCCUCGACCCGACGCCUCGACCCGACGCCUCGACCCGACGCCUCGACCCGACGCCUCAACCCGACGCCUCAACCCGACGCCUCAACCCGACGCCUCAACCCGACGCCUCGACCCAACGCCUCGACCCGUCGCCUCGACCCGACGCUUCGACCCGACGCCUCGACCCGACGCCUCAACCCGACGCCUCAACCCGACGCCUCAACCCGACGCCUCGACCCGACGCCUCGACCCGACGCCUCGACCCGACGCCUCGACCCGACGCCUCGACCCGACGCCUCGACCCGACGCCUCGACCCGACGCCUCGACCCUAACACCUUGUCUACCAAUCGUCGUCCGCUGUUGA